AUGUCCCUGCAUAUCCUUUUGGAGCUCAUGGACUUGGCCGCCUUUGACUUUCUAGCAGGUAACCUAGAUAGGCAUGCAUACCAGCGUUUCACAGAUUUGGGAGAAGAAUCUUUUGUGAUUCUCUUUGACAGUGGACGAGCGUUUAGCCAGCCGAGCCACGACCACAUGUCCGCUUUAGCUCCACUCCGGCAGUGCUGUCGGAUACGACUGUCCACUCUGGCCAAAUUCAUCAAACUCUACAAAGGUCCUGACAGCCUCGGUAUGGUCAUGAGAUCGUCCUUGAACUCUGACCCGCUGUCGCCAAUACUAACAGACGUAUAUUUUGAGGCACUAGACAGAAGAGUCGAGAAAGUGAUCAAGACAAUCAGUGACUGUCUAGUUAACGCCACGUCUUGGGAUGCUGUUGUUUUCGAUGAUUUGAGCAGUUAA